UCCCGGCGGCUCCGGCGCCCCGGGCUGGGGCUGCCGGGAGGCCCGCCUCGGCCCCAGGAGCCUCCUAGCGGUCCCUGCCCGCUCUGGAAGCUGCAGGACAGCUUUCUGAAAAGGUGACAUUUAAAUCUAGUUUCAUUCUGCCAAAGUCGGCAACGGCAAUCCGGAACUAUGGAGAUCCGGGAGAACCAGCCACAAAGUUAGCGUCUCUGUACAGAAGCUCGGGAACAGGAGAGUGAGAUUCCACCAGAAUGGAAGUGUGUCCUUAUUGUAAGAAGCCAUUUAAACGAUUAAAGUCCCACCUGCCACAUUGUAAGAUGAUAAAACCAACUAUACCUGCCGAUCAAAAUGUUUGUCAGACCGAGCAGGCUACACUCCCAUGUGCUAAGAAAAUGAAAAGUCCGAGCAAAGGCAUAAGUAAAGCUAAAGAGAGAGAGUUGGGGACAAAGAGUGAGAAAAGAAAUAGUAAGUUGAUAAAGGACAAACCAGAACAGACUGUUGAGCCCUUUCCAUUACCAGCUAUUGGUUUGGAAAGAGCAGGCAAUACAAAGGCAGGUGAAGACAUCAAGAACCAAAUUCAACCCUCCCUCAUGUUAAAAAAUCCUGAACCAAUCACUUUCAAAGAAGUGAAGGCUCAGUUUCAUGCAUCAAAGAACACUGUUCCUAAAAGGAAACUUGCCAAAGAUUUGCCUCAGUCAGUGGCAGGUAGAAGUGAUCCUUCAGAAACUACAGCGUCUUUACCUUUGGGCCUGAUGGAACCUUCCUUGUCAAAUCAAGAUAGGACAUACUCUUCAGCCUUACCUAAUGAUGUACAAACCACUUCUCCUAAGUUAAACUUGGACAAAACUGAUCCCUCAAGACAGAAGCUUUUAGUAAAAUUACUAGAUAUGCCUGUUGGUGAUUAUCAUAGUUCUCCCCAAAAUCUCAGUUGUGGAGAUAAAAGAGUCAGAACGCUGUGUUCAAGUGAUGCGAGAGCUUCCAAGGCCGGAGACCACCUCUCAGAAAUCUGUGCUGACGUUAAAGCCUCUGAGAAUGGGGAAAAGCACAUGGAAUCACAAAUUUUAGGUUUUAAAGUCAGCCCCUUAGGUAAAAUCCAAGUUGAGGGGAACCCGGGAACAGGACUUGGCCUUGGAGUAGAGGCACGUGGGAGCAAAGGACAUGUGGAGGAGAGUAUGUAUGUGACAGGAAAGCAGGAGUGCCCUUCCAGGAGCGACGACUCAACAGAUGAGCCAGCCACAGAGAAGAAAUCUCGAGGUGACGGUCCCAAUUUAAAUUUCUUCACAUCAAGGGAUACCACUUGCAAGGAGUUUGUUUCUGCAUCACAGUCACGUAAUCAAAGUCUUUCCUCUCUGGCUAUAAAAUUUCUACAAGAGGAGAAAGCAGAAGCCUGCAAUCCUCAUCAAGUCCCUGAAGGAAAGGCAUUGAUGGAGUGUGAGGAGCAAGCCUCUCUGGAGCCCAAGUCUGGCUAUGGGCCACAGGCCUCACACCCGGAGUGCCAGUGGUCUUUACAUUCAACCCAGCAUUAUGCUUCUAAAAGCCUCUUCACUGCCCAGAUGGAUGUUGCCGACAGGAAGACCCUCCCUAGCUCCCUGGGGCUGGAGUGGUUUCCAGAGCUCUAUCCUGGUUAUCUUGGACUAGGGGUGUUGCCAGGGAAGCCUCAGUAUUGGAAUUUAAUGGUCCACAAGCCUCAGCUCAUCAGUCCCCAGGGGGAAAGACUAUCACAAGUUCCUUUGUUAGGAAGAAGUUCGGCUGCUCUGUGGAGUGGGGAACCCCCGGCCAGGCUUAUAACCUCCAGCGACUCUCUCCGGAGGCUCCUGGGAGCUGUACAGAAAGGCUGGAUCAGGUGCAGCACCACCAUGAAGAGUGGAGUUGGUGGCGUCACGAUGCUCUUUACAGGAUACUUCAUUCUUUGUUGUAGCUGGAGUUUCAAGCAUAUGAGUAAGCCUUUCUAUAUUUUUAGCCUCAGUUGCAGGUCACAUCCCAUUGCAGGGACCUCCAAGGGAUUCUCUGGACUGCCUUUUAUAGCGUUACAGUUUGGCACUAUCUGACAUUCGCAGUGAAUGAGCUAGUGCCCCAGACACUGGGAUUCCUCUUAUUAAGAGGUUUUGGUUAUAGUGGCCUUUGUAAGACUUGACUAGAUUUACAUAAUUGCUCUUGUGCUCCAUUUAAGGUUGUCACUAGAGAUAUGUUUGCCUCCUAGAAGAUCAGGGCUCUUCUCCUUGGGGACUUUUUAAUUCCUACCUAAGGACUUCUUUUUAGGGUUGAAACCAGCUCUCUGCCCCAAAAGAGAGGAGGGGAAACAGAAUAGAGCUGUCACUCAUAAGCUUAUAGCUGUUGUAGCUAAUCGACUUUUAACAUUUAAAAAACAAACACCUUCUAGUUAGGAGCUUCCGCUUGGGCCAACUCUUACCAGGAGGAAAAUGCCUGCUUCUUUUUCUCUUUGAGUUCAAGAUGACUUUUG